AUGUUCGCACCCGGGGUCCCGGACGUCCUUCGAGACUUCGGGACAACGUCAGAGACUCUGGCUGCGUUUGUCGUGUCUGUCUACAUUCUUGGCUACGCGGUCGGUCCCCUUCUCAUCGGCCCGGCUUCUGAGACCUAUGGCCGAUAUUGGGUCUAUGUCAUCUGCAACAUUAUGUUCUUGAUCUUCACAACUGCCUAUGCAGUCUCGCAGAACAUGGCUCAGUUGAUCGUUUUCCGCUUCUUUGCGGGCGCAUUCGGAGUUUGUCCCAUCACUCUCGGAGGAGCCAGCAUAUGCGAUCUUAUCGAACAAGAGAAACGUGGUGCGGCCAUGGCGUUCAACAGCAUGGGGCCGUUACUGGGACCGGUGAUUGGGCCUAUAGCAGGAUCAUACUUUAUUGCUGCAGAGGGCUGGAGAUGGACGUUCUGGGUUCUCGCUAUCGCCGCCGGAGUCACCACGAUCUUGCAUGCAGCAUUUUGCCGAGAGACUCACGCCACGACCCUGCUGGCCCGUCAGACACGCAGGCUACGGCAAGAGACUGGUAAUACCGGUCUCUACUCACGACUCGAUGACGACCUCCCAACUAAGCAGAGAGUCCUGCGCGCCAUAAUCCGACCGAUGAAGAUGCUCGUUCUAUCGCCAAUUGUCCUGCUGAUGUCCCUGUACUGCGCCAUCGUCUACGGCAUCUCGUACCUCCUAUAUACCACCUUCACCUUCGUCUUCCAGGAAAACUACGGCUUUUCGGCAAGCAAUGUAGGAUUGACUUACGUGGCAAGCGGCAUAGGCAUGUUUAUCGGUCUCUUCCUUAUCGGAGGGCUAUCAGAUCGCCUCCUGAAGAGCAAAGCGGUGAAACAAGGCAAAGGGCUGAAGCCGGAGUAUCGUCUCCUACCACUAAUGUAUAGGGGCUCGCUCGCACCUGUGGGUCUAUUCAUCUACGGCUGGACGGUACAGUACCACGAGCAGUGGGCAGUCCCGUUGUUCGGCACACUGCUGUUUGGAAUCGGGAUAUUGGGUGCUCUUGUCUGCAUCACUCAAUACCUUAUCGAUGCGUUCACGAUCCAUGCUGCCUCUGCGGUAGCCGCGAACACUGUCCUCCGCUCUAUCGUUGACGGCCUUUUGCCUCUAGCAGGGCUACGAAUGUACACUGCGCUCGAGCUGGGUUGGGGCAACAGCCUCAUCGCAUUUAUUGCAUUGGCCUGUGUGCCCAUACCAUUCCUCUUCUACCACUAUGGCGAAGCCAUCCGAGACCGGGCCCCUGUGACGCCGUAG